AGGUGAGGCGUAAAAUUAUCCCAAAAUUGUCUUAAAGUAAAGAUGGUGACAUGCUUUACCUUCUUCUCCUAAAUUCUCUUCUUCUACUUCUUUUCUUUCUCUUUUCUCAAUAUCAUCAUCGUACCCAUCACAACGCUCCUUUCUGUUCUUCAACGAGAGAAAAUGCUGCUGUUGAAUGCACACUUGUAAGCUAGAGGAACACGAGUUGUUAUUUCAUUUGGAUUAGCAAUUUUUGAACAAGUUUUGGUGAUCCUGAAAAGCAAAGUCGCUCCUGCAAGGCAGCAUCUUUCAGCUUUGUAAUUUCAUUGGCUAGUGGAGUAUUUGCUACUUUCUUCUUCGCAUCAUGCCAGUAGUUCAAAAACUGUAUGAUGCUUGCAAAGAAUCUUUCACAACUAUUGGUCCAGUAUCAGAAGAAGCUCUUGAAAAAGUUCGUGGAAUUCUAGAUCAAAUGAAGCCUUCUAAUGUGGGUCUGGAACAGGAGGCGCAACUGUCUCGCCAAUGGAAAGGAUCCAUUAAUGGUACCAAUGGCAGAAAAGGGCGCAAUGGCAGUCUUCAGUACCCACCUACAAUUAGAUAUUUGCAUUUGCACGAGUGUGACAGAUUCUCUAUAGGGAUCUUCUGUAUGCCACCUUCUUCUAUCAUACCGCUUCAUAAUCAUCCUGGGAUGACUGUUUUAAGCAAGCUUCUUUAUGGUUCAUUACUUGUAAAGUCUUACGAUUGGCUUGACCUACCUGGGUUUGAUGAUCCCUCACAAGCAAGACCUGCAAAACUGGUUAGAGAUUGUGAAAUGAAUUCACCCUGUGGCACAACAAUUUUAUAUCCCACUAGUGGUGGCAACAUUCAUUGUUUCAAAGCUUUGACACCUUGUGCUCUCUUUGAUGUUCUUUCACCCCCAUAUUCCUCGGAAGAUGGGCGACACUGCUCUUAUUUCAGAAGAGUCCCUGGAAGAGUUCUACCAGAAGGUGCUGCUGAAUUGUGUGGCAUAGAACCAUCUGAAGUAACAUGGUUAGAAGAAACUCAACCUCCGGAAAACUUUGUGGUGCAGCGGGGUUUAUAUAAAGGCCCUAAUAUUAGGCGAUAAAAGUUCUUUUUAUUUUUUUUUUCAUGCUCCCCUUCCCCCUUUUGGAUAGGCUGUAAAAUACCAUUAAUCAGAUUAGAGGAACACAUGGAUAACCCUGGAAAUGAUUGUGGAAAAGUUAGCUAUCAACUGACAUGGUAAGUAAUAAUUAGUCACUGGCUUUGUAAGGUGGUUGUGUGUUGUGGUAAAUGCCUCAUUAUGAGAAGAAGAAGCAGCUAGUGUGUUUAUAUUCGCACUCAGAAGAGUCAUGUGCACAAAAAGGGCAAGUAAUAGGAAUAUCUUUUCCCCA